AUGCAAAUCAACGAAACACCAAUUUGCAACAUAUCCAAAAAUAGCGCAAUGGCCAAGAUCCUACAAUUGUUAAACAUUGGUAAUAAUAAAGUCGCAGUGGACACUUCGAUCGGAUUAAUCACAUUACCCAUUGAUUUCUGGCACAUCACAGACUCUAAAGAAGAGCUUAUUCAGCAUGUUUUCCUAGAUAUAGCACAACAGUUCAAUAACCAUAAUUGGCCGCGUAAACGAGCAAUAUUGGUGGCAAAAAAUAAAAAUGUCGAUGCUCUCAAUGCAACCAUUCAGAAUUUUUUACCGGGACAGUUGGUUUCCUACAAAUCAGUCGACACCAUUAUGAACCAGGAUGACGUAAUCAACUAUCCCACGGAGUUUUUAAAUUCGCUGGAAUUGCCUGGAUUACCACCACACAAUUUGCUGUUAAAAGAAGGAUCAGUUGUCAUCAUGCUGCAUAGCAUUAAUCAACCUCGACUGUGCAAUGGAACAAGACUGGCUGUGAAAAAGCUAAUGAAUAACGUCAUUGAGGCAACAAUCAUAAAGGGAAAAUACAAAGGAGAAGAUGUCUUGAUCCCGCGUAUACCGAUGACUCCAACAGAUUUACCAUUCGAUUUUAAAGGUCUACAAUUUCCCGUACGUCUGGCCUUUGCGAUGACCAUAAAUAAAUCGCAAUCGUUGGAAGUUUGCGGAAUUAACUUAGAGUUUCUCUGUUUCUCGCAUGGACAAUUAUACGUCGCGUGUUCGCGCGUCGGAAAACCGUCAUCUUUAUUUAUUUACGCACCAUAA